UCCACAUUCGUGGCUAGCCCCUCCGCCUGGCUUCGCGUUGACCCCGGAAGCGGAUGCGCCGCUGUCUCCUAGCAGCCGUCGCGGGGGCGGGACUGGGGCCGGGGCUGCGAAGGGCCGCUGCUGCUCGCGGGGCCCGGCAGGGGAUGCCAGUGGCAGGUGACUGAUGCGGCCUCGAGGUAGUUUCGCUUAAUGAGGUUAUGGGAGAGAGAGAGCCAUGUCCGAAGAAGCAGUUAGUGAGACGCACUUUUCUCUGAAGACAGCAGCUUUGCGAGUGUUUCAUCUUCCCCUUUCCUGGUAUUAUUCUCUCAUCCAGAUAAAGCUUUCUCCUGGGUUGAAGAAGCUGUUUGCAGUAACAGCAGUGAGUGCAGUAUCUGUAAUUUUUCUGGCCCGCCAUUUUAAAAGAAGACGAGGAAAGAAAAGCCGGAAAGUGUCACCAUGGGAACCAGGCCAUCUUUUGCUAGAAUGUACAAAAACGGCUGCAUCGGAAAAAGGUUCCAGUUGUUCCAGUAGCAGACAAAACUUGACCCUUUCUUUGAGUUCAGCCAAAGAAAAAGGAUCUCAGUCUUGUAUCUAUGCAAAUGGAGGACCUUUUAGUAAAUAUUCUGGUUCAGUACAGAGUUUGGCCUCGGUUCAAAGUGCUACCUCCUGUCACAGCUGUGUUUGUGCCAAUUCCAAUUCCUGGGAUAAAACAGAUGAAGAUGAUAUUAAACUUGUGAAUAUUCCAGUUACUACUCCUGAAAACUUGUACUUAAUGGGUAUGGAGCUUUUUGAAGAGGCACUACGUCGGUGGGAGCAGGCACUGACUUUCCGUACCAGACAAGCUGAAGAUGAAGCAAGUUGUAGUUCCAUCAAACUAGGAGCAGGAGACGCCAUCGCAGAAGAGAGCGUAGAAGAUAUCAUUAGUGCUGAGUUCAUUCAUAAGCUUGAAUCCCUUCUUCAAAGAGCUUAUCGUCUCCAGGAAGAGUUUGAGGCCACUCUUGGUGCUUCUGAUCCUGCUUCCCUAGCUAAUGAUACUGAUAAAGAUACAGACAUCACUGUGAAGGAUAAUACCGAUGAUUUCUGCCUGCGAGAUACAUUGAGCAUUGCAUCAACAGACUCCUUUGUUUCAGCAGCUGAGCUUACGGAGCACAGAGAGAUCCGAAAUACCUAUGGUCUAGAUACUCUUUGCCAUUGUCCAUUAUAUGAAGAAGCCAUGCACUUAGCAGAGGAGGGCAAAAUAUAUUCCAGAGUAUUAAGGACUGAAAUGUUUGAAUGUCUGGGAGACAGUGACUUUCUUGCUAAGCUUCACUGUAUUCGACAGGCUUUUCAGGUAAUACUUUCAGAGACAGCCAACAGAAUAUUUCUUGCUGAAAGUGGAAGAAAAAUUUUGUCUGCGUUAAUUGUGAGAGCGCGAAAGAAUCCAAAAAAAUUUGAAGAUGUUUUUGAUGAAAUGAUAUAUUUUUUAGAGCAAACUGACCAUUGGGAUAAUACUGAAAUGGAACUUGCUGCUAGAGGGGUGAAAAAUCUAAAUUUUUAUGAUGUUGUUCUGGAUUUUAUACUCAUGGAUUCUUUUGAAGAUUUAGAGAAUCCACCUAUAGCUAUACAGAAUGUGGUGAACAACCGCUGGCUAAAUUCUUCCUUUAAAGAAACUGCAGUAGCUUCAAGCUGUUGGUCAGUAUUGAAGCAAAAACGUCAGCAAAUGAACGUACCUGAUGGGUUUUUUGCACACUUCUAUGCCAUUUGUGAGCAUAUCAGCCCUGUUUUGGCAUGGGGAUUUCUGGGCCCGAGAAACUCUCUAUAUGAUUUAUGCUGCUUCUUUAAGGAUCAAGUACUUUUCUUCCUCAAAGACAUUUUUGACUUUGAAAAAGUGAGGUAUUCAACUAUGGAAAGUUUAGCUGAAGAUCUUAUGCAAUUACUAAUCCGACGCACUGAACUUUUAAUGGCCUACCUUGGAGCGGAUUCACUGAGACAUGUCAGUGGUUGUGUAAGUGGUCAUGGGCAUGUCGUGGCCACUGGGCUUUUAGAAGCAAAAGUACAAUAAGCUUAAAGAUGACCACACACAAUCACAUGCACCUUGAUUUUCCCCUCACCCAGGGCUAUCAUUACUGUUAUUGAGCAAGCAUCUGAAAUUUUCCAUGUCACUAAAUAUAGAAUGGACUCAGGGAGGUUUAAAAGAAAAACAUCUAGGGAAGGAACUGGUAAGCAUAUUACUGUACAUAUUAAAUAAAAAAAAAUACAGCUCAGCUGUCACUGUAUUUACAUGUAAUGUAUCCCAAAGCUUUUUUUCUGCAAUACUUGGAUAAAAUUUAUGAAUACUGUGCAUUUGCCACAGAUUAUUUCUGAGUGAAGCUAAUGUAUGGUAAGUGGAGUUGUCUCAUUGUAUGAAACUGUCAGAACAAAGUCUUAAAAGCUCUACCAUGUGUGUUUCUACCUAGAAAGUGUUUCAGACAAGUUAUACACCACCUUCAAUUUAUGUGACAGAUGCAAUAAAAUAAUUAUACAUGCAGUGACAUGUUUAACUUUCCCUGAAUUGCAUUUGUGCGGGUGUAGGUUGUCAUUUUAUACUGAAGCAUAAUGGAGUGAUGCAGUAAAUGCAGUCACCAUUUGGGCAGUAAUGACUUCCAAUAUGCAUUGUUCAUGUAACUUUUCAUCAUGUAAUUUAAGUGAAAAAUGUAAAUGCAGAUUGACGUUGUCUUAAUGGAUGUAAAGAAAUCAUCACUGAGAUUUACAUUUGAAAUCACUAUUGUGAGAUCACUAUUUACUGUAUCUAAAAUAAAUGACACUUUAAUUAAUCAAUA